AUGCUGUCAAGAGCCGCCAAAAGAGACACGCUUAAGCGGCUCAGAGAGGCUCGUCGAACUGGCACGAUCACUUCGGCCACCGACGACUUCUACCAAGAUAUCUACGAUGAGGUCGAUGAGGACACUUACAGACAACACAAGAGAGAUCAGCUCAUGAAUGAUGAUUUCAUCGUGGACGAUAACGGCGAAGGCUACGUUGAUAACGGCGUUGACGAAUGGGAUGACUCAACCAGGCCUAACUACUACUCUGACGAAGAAGAGGACGAGGGCUCCAGCAAAAAGCGAAAGAAAAAGCAGCAGAAACCAGUGAAGGUGGCCAAGACGGCUCAGAUCAAUAACUUCUUUGCUCCUGCUGCUGCUACAGUGACGAAGAAAAGCGAGCCUUUGAAAAGCGCCGCCAUUGACGAUAUUCUAGAUGAUUUUGAGGCGAAGCCAAAAAAAAGUAAGGUGUUUUCCCCAUUUGGCGCGUCUACCUCCAAAGGUAAGAAAGCAAACGUCGCGUCUGCGUUCAGCUUUUCCACAUCGACUCGUGAAAAGAAGAGGAUCAAGAAGGAAGCUGACAUCGAUGCUUUCGAAGACACAACGCUAGAUUCUGCUGAGGAGUUUGACGCUGCGAAGGAAAGCACUCCAGAUACGCCUGUGGAGACUGGCGAGGAGAUGAUUGACGUGAAGUCAUCUAAUCUGGAAACACCAGUCAAGCAAGAGAAAGUCGAACCUGCGUCUGAAAGUGACAGUGAAGAUGAUGACAUAGUGGUGGCCAAAAGGCCCCGUGCCGCCGCUGCUCCCGCCAGAAACACAGGUGCCACCAUUUCCGCAGUCAAAGCAUCUGGACUUCUCUCGUCCUCUCCCUCUAGAGGGUAUUCCGCAAUCUCGCAUACAGAGAAGUUGGAUGAAGAGAACAUUUCUGAUGAUAAUUCAUUCAAGAUGUUUUGGUUAGACUAUGCUGAAGCUGACAGCUCCCUUCUUCUCUUCGGCAAGGUGCUCACAAAAGAUAACAAGCUAGUGUCUGGUGUGGUUCAAGUAAACGACCUAUGCAGAGAACUCUAUAUCUUGCCCAGAAAGUUCAGAGUCAUUGACGGAGAGGAGACAACCCAGCCUGUCUCGGCAAUGGAUGUCCACGAAGAGAUUGCACCCAUUCUUAUGGAGAACUACGGUCUCGAUAAGCUCAGGGCUAAGCCAGAGCACAUGAAAUAUGCAUUCGAACUUCCUGAUGUUCCCAAAGAAGCAGAAUACUUGAAAGUAUUGCUUCCAUACAAGACAAAUAAGCAUAGGCAUUUGGUGAUGCCCUCCGAGCUCGAGGGUGAGACCUUCAACAGAAUUUUUGGUACCAACACCAACAUCUUUGAAUCGUUUGUAAUGCAAAGAAACAUUAUGGGUCCAUGUUGGUUAGAAAUUAAGAAUGGUGAUUUCAGUGCUAUUCAAAAUGCAUCUCAUUGUCAAGUUGAGGCGGCUGUAUCCUCUCCUUCGUGCAUUUCCCCUAUUAUCAACUCGAACAUACCACCUCCAAACUUGACGAUAUCCACGAUAUCAGUUCAAACACUCAUGAACCCCAAGUUGAACAAGCAAGAGGUGGCUUGUGUUUCAUUAGCGACAUACAGGGAUAUGCCUCAAGAUGCUCCUAUUGAUGAAAACAUCGAGCCAGAUGAGCUUGUCACUUUGGUUCGCCCAAUCGGAGCUGUGGGUUUCCCUCCUGGAUUGCAGCAGCAAGCUCAGAAACAAAAAAUCACCCUUAGAGCCUUACCAAAUGAAGCAUCAAUGUUGGGUUGUUUGGCUGCACUUGUGAAAAAUGCGGAUCCUGAUGUCUUUAUUGGACACAGAUUGGAAAACAUCUCAAUGGAUGUUUUGAUUCACAGAAUGCAUGAUUUGCGUGUGGCAACGUGGUCUGCAAUGGGAAGAAGGAACAGGAAGUCUUGGCCUGACAAGUUUGGAAAAGGAAACGGUUUUAACAACAACUUACUCAUUCGUGAGAUUUUUCAAGGUCGUCUUUUGUGUGAUAUUGCCAACGAGUUGGGUCAAUCGUUGACCACCAAAUGUCAAUCUUGGGACUUACCGGAAAUGUACAGUGUUGUUUGUCAAAAACAGUACAAUGCUGUUGAGCUCAAUUUUCUGAAUCCUCGUUACGCGGAAGAUGCUGGAUUUUUAUUGAUGUCUCUUAAAGAGAAUAUCACGCAAGUGUUAAUCACAGGCAAAAUUGCGUUCGCCCUUCAGAUUUUGUCGCUUUCCAAACAAUUGACCAACUUGGCUGGUAAUGCUUGGUCGCACACCUUGAGUGGUACGAGAGCUGGUCGUAACGAAUAUAUUUUGUUGCAUGAGUUCAAAAGGAACAACUACAUUGUCCCUGACAAGGAAGACAAGUAUCACAAGAACACGAGUCAUCAGCAGGAGGCCAAACUCGAAGCUAAUGAAGAUGACGCAACAACCGUUACCCUGAACAAAAAACCAAAAUACCAGGGUGGUUUAGUUUUUGAGCCAGAGAAGGGUCUUCACAAAAAUUACAUUUUGGUCAUGGACUUCAACUCUUUGUACCCCAGUAUCAUUCAAGAGUUCAACAUUUGUUUCACGACCGUUGAGAGAACUGCCUAUAACAUUAGCCAUGACGAAGAGAGGGAUCUUCCUGAUAUUCCUGAACGUGAUUCCGACGCAGGUGUUUUGCCUCGGUUGUUGAAUGCGUUGGUCUCCAGACGUCGAGAGGUAAAAAAGCUCUUGAAGAACCCCAAGAAUACUCCACACGAGCGUGCUCAGUACGACAUCAAGCAGCAAGCACUCAAAUUGACUGCAAAUUCUAUGUAUGGCUGUUUGGGUUAUGUGAACUCUCGUUUCUAUGCUAAGCCCUUGGCCAUGUUGGUCACCAACAAGGGUAGAGAAAUCUUGAUGGACACAAGACAGUUGGCUGAGCUGAUUGGCUUGAGAGUCGUUUACGGUGAUACUGACUCCGUCAUGAUUGAUACCGGUGUCAAUACACUUCAGGAAGCCCUCAAGAUAGGUGACGAAUUCAAGGUUCAAGUCAAUGAGAGGUACAAGUUGUUGGAGAUUGAUACUGAUAACGUCUUCAAGAGAUUGUUAUUGCAUGCCAAGAAGAAGUAUGCUGCUAUGAACGCCACCAUUGACAGGAAGACGGGGAAGGAAAUUUCUUCUUUGGAAGUCAAAGGCCUUGACAUGAGACGUCGUGAGUACUGUCCAUUAUCGAAGGAGAUCUCUACAUUUGUGUUACAGAAGCUCUUGUCGGAUAUGGAUCCCGAGGAGGCACUCACUCAAGUCUACAACUACUUGGAAGAGAUGAAGGCCAAAAUUUCUAAUAAUGAGAUUAGCAUCGACAAGUAUCUGAUCAACACUCGACUUUCGAAAGAUCCUGCAAACUAUCCAAAUGGAAAAACAAUGCCUCCAGUUCAAGUUGCGUUACGUUUAAGAAAACUGGGCAAAGUGAUCAAGGCCGGCAGCGUCAUUACUUACGUUGUCACUGCCCCUCAGUCUGAUGAUGAUAGCUCCAAUCCUGCUGAGAGGUCAAGAGCUAUGCAAGAGGUUCUCGCCAAUAAGUCUGAAUUCAAACCAGACAGUGAAUAUUACUUGGAGAAGCAGAUAUACGCGCCGGUUGAGAGACUCGUUAAUCGUAUCGAUGGUAUCGAUUUGAUGCGUAUUGCCACAUCUCUAGGUAUUGACACCAAGAAGUAUAUCAUGAAGCUCAGAAAUAGCGAAGGUGCUGGUAGUGAGAUCGCUCCACUUGAGUCCAAGAUCACUGAUAUCGAAAGGUAUAGACAAUCAAGCUUCUUGGUACUCCGUUGCAGAUGUGGUGCAAACUUUAGGUUUGGUGGGCUUCAGCCAUCGAGGGACUACCUGAUCACCUUCAAUGGUAUAAAAUGCUCACAGUGUGAAUACGUUUUCCCAACGUUGAAGGUAACCUCUCAGCUUGAAAACUCUAUAAGGAAGCAUCUUGCUCUCUACUAUGCGGGCUGGGUGGUUUGCGAUGACUCUGCUUGCGGGAUCAAGACGAGGCAAAUCUCAGUGUAUGGAAAGAGGUGUAUCGGAAAUUCGGGAAAAGCGCAUGGAUGCAAAGGUGUCAUGAGAUACUAUUACAGUGACAAGGCCCUUUACAACCAGCUCUUGUACUUUGACUCUGUCUUCGAUGUGGAGAAGGCAAAGCAAAAGAAAUUAAGGCCCAUCAUAUACGAUACAGAUGUGGUGGCACCAGAGUUAAGCACGGGACAGUUGAAUGCCCUUGCUGAGCAAAACAGGGCAAUGUUUGAUCAUUGCAGAGAAGUUGUCAACAAAUAUUUGGCUGACUGUGGCCGUCGGUACGUGAACAUGCGCAGCAUCUUCGACUUCAUGGUUUAA